AUGCCUGGAUCGGAGCCCCAGUAUUUCGAGUACAUCGUGGUUGGAUGUGGUGGAAUUGGUAGCGCCGCAGUAUAUUGGUUGUCAAAGAGCGCGAGACAAGGCGUUCUGGGUUUGGAGCAGUUUAAAUUGGGUCAUGACAAUGGCGGUUCACAGGACCAUUCUCGUAUCAUACGAUUGAUCUACCAUGACGAUUGUUACACGAAGUUAGUCAGACACACGUAUACGGCAUUUGACGAGGUUGAGAAAGAAUCGGGUAUUAAGUUGGUGUAUAAAUGCGGUGGGUUGGAAUUUGCUAGAAACGAUGAACCUCAAGGAAAACAUUUACUGCAACAACAUGCCAAGUCAAUGGAUAAACAAAAUAUUCCAUAUGAACUUUUAAACGGAAACGAAAUUCGUCAACGUUUUCCACAGUUUCAAACAGAUUCUAAUGUAAUUGGUUUAUACGACAAGAACUCUGGUCUGGUAGAUGCUGCCAUGGCUAACGCUACUCAUAUACAAUUAGCGAGAAAACAUGGCGCGACGAUUCGGGAAAACUGUAAAGUUGAGAAAAUAGAGAAAGAUAAAGAUGGUGUGCACGCCUUGGUGAGUGUGUACACCAAUCAAGGCGUGUUUCGUUGUCGCCGUAUCAUCGUCACAGCUGGUGCAUGGUCCAAUCACGUUCUGGGUUCUGUUGGUAUACACAUCCCUCUGACUGUUACUCAGGAACAAGUCACAUAUCUUGCUACACCAAACAUGAAAGAAUUCACAAAAGACAAUUUCCCUGUGUGGCUGUAUCACGACCCCAAAUGGGACCUUUAUGGACUACCACUACACGGAAAUACUGGCAGUAAAAUUGGAAUAGAUGCGUGUGAUGCAGUUGUUACCCCGGAAACCAGAACAUUCGAACCCGAUCCCAUCAAAGAGCAAAUCUGUAUUAAGUUCUUCGAGAGAUAUCUUCCAAAGGCUAUUGGUCCAACACUGUAUAGCAAGACGUGUCUUUACACGAUUCCACCAGAUAGAAACUUUGUCGUAGAUUCUCUGUCGAAUAAAGAUCUGCCACAGGUGAUUGUAUGUAUCGGUGCUGGGCAUGCAUACAAAUUUACGUGUUUACUUGGGAAGAUUUUAAGUGAGAUGGCGAUCGAUGGAAAGACUCAAUAUCCAAUUGAUGAAUUCAAGAUCGAUAGACGCACUCUCACAGAUGCAAACUUUAAACCUAAUUUUCAUCAUCGGCAGUACAGAAAACAAACAGCAAAAUUGUAA